AAUACGGAUUUAAAAGAAAAAAGGAAAGAGGUGGAGUUUCUAACGGAUAUCAGAUUAUUUUCACUAAUCAAAUACAUAAAGACAAAAGGAAAUUUUCUAUUUCAAUGUGUCCGUAAAGGGUGAAUGAAAAGGCCUAUAUAAACAGGAGUCCCUUUCUCAUCCUCCUUUCUCACCACUACUAUCUUCUUAUUGUUGUUUUAUUAUAUUUCUCCCAGAGAGAUUUGAUUCAUCGCCAAGAAAAAGAAAAGAAAAGAAACUCUGCGGCUUUUCGAGGAGGAAGAUGGUGACCCGUGAUGAUGAUGAUGUUAACAAACACGGCGAGGGUUCUUCUCAGGAGGGGGAGAAGAGAUGCUUUGAUCUUUUUGCGGCGCUGCUUCACGCUUACGGUGACGACGAAACAAGAGCGAGACGAGGACAAGACGUGCAAGCGAGAAACAUGCUUAUGAUCCACACUAUCACUAGUGCAGCCACCAACACUUUCUUGCGAGGCAAGCGAAAGAUUGAUGUUGAGUGCAAGAAUCAAGAAAACACUGCUUCAUCUUCAAGUUCGUCCCACGUCGUUGAGUCAAAGAGGCGUCGUGUGGUGGAGUCCAAUGACGAACCCAUCAGAGCACAACCGAUUAGAGAAAUCAAACCUCCGGUUAAGGAAAGAAAGAGACCGGUUAAGCAAAAGGAACCGGUCAGAAGAGAGCCUGGGGUGACGCCCGGAUGGUUGGUUGAGCUGAUGAGGAGAAAAAACGGCGUGGAUGCGAAGCUGGUGAUAGAGAAGGUGAUUACAAAGACCGAUCUCAAGCCAGACCAAGGACGUCUCUUGAUCCCCUUUAAACAAAUAACAGAGAACGACUUCUUGAACGAGAGAGAGUUGAGCAUCGUGGAGGAGCAUCACAGAGCAGAUCGUGAUGAAGGACUCAAAGGAGUUGAUGUGAUCUUGUUGAAUAGUAAUGAUGCUGAGCGGCAAUGGAACGCUAAUCUGAGGAUAUGGGGGAUGAGGAGCAGUUUCAACUACGCCUUGUGUUCUGGUUGGAACCAGUUCGUCAAGGAAAACGACUUAGAGGUUAACCAGACUCGUCGCCUAUGGUCCUUUCACUCUCGAGAUGGGACGCUCUUUCUUGCUUUCAAUCCUCUCACUCCAGCUCAACCACAAUCUCAAGAUGAGGGUAUGGCUCUAGCUUUGGUUCCAUUUAACCCUGAAGCUUCAUCUUCAUCCAUCGCUCUGGUUGUAACUUGUGAGGAGGAUCCGUUUGUGUGUGAAGAGAGAAACAGGAGACUUUUACCUAAAAUUCCAAGGAGUAGCAGAUCUCCUCGUGUUUGUGUUUCGCCUCCAACAAGUGACUCCAGUAACCUCUACCUCGACGAGGGUUUGGAUCUAAACAGAACACCACCUCCAGAGAUGGAUCCUCUCGAGGCUGUACAAGAGAGGCAUAUUAGGUGGACAUCACAGGAAGCCAUCACAGAGACCUCACUAGUAUCCUUCACAGAGACGACCACGGUGGACCUAGAGCUCAGGUUGUAGCUAGAGAUUCCUGGGGGAAACAGCUCUGCUAUGUGACUUGGUCUUUGUUUAUUCUGAACCCUAGCUUUCUCUAUUGCCGUGUCAUGCAAGUAUAUUCUUUUAGGCAUUCAAAUGAAUUUUUUGGUUAUUCUUUUUUCCUUAUUGUUGAGUGUUGUAGCUACCUUGAUCGUAUGAAUGGAUGAUAAACAAUGUU